AUGCCAUUACAGGCCCCCGAACCAAUGAAUCGACAUGUUAUAGCAGCAAUUGGACUGGUUGCUGCGUCUUUCUGCUAUUACUUCCUGUCGUCCUUCAUAUCUUGCCGUCGGCAUGCUCGAAGGGCAAGAGCACUCGGCUGUUUACCAACAACUCAACGACCACACAGAUUCCCGCUGGGUCUCGAUCUGGUUUGGGCUCUAAUACAAGCCGAUAGAGACCACAUUGUGCCGACCCAUCUGCUUGAUGUGUACCAUGAGCUCGGGGACAAGGCGACUUGGGUUCAGAAUGCCUUUGGGUCCACUGCGUAUUUCACGGCUGAUCCUCUCAACAUCAAAGCCUUACUUGCCACUCAAUUUCAGGACUUCGAGCUUGGAUCUCAGCGGCGUGGAACCUUCUUCCCGAUGCUGGGCAAUGGUAUCUUCACCGCGGACGGCAAGGCGUGGGAGCAUUCUCGUGCCCUGUUGCGACCUCAAUUUGCUCGCCAACAAGUAGCUGAUCUACAGCUGGAAGAGGCCCACGUCCAAGACCUAUUCAGACACCUCCCGGCUGGUGAUGGCGGCUGGACUGAAUGCGUCGACCUCGUUCCAUUGUUCUUUCGAUUGACACUCGACUCGGCUACGGAGUUUCUUUUUGGUCAGAGUGUUGGCUCGCAGAUUGCGGCGCUCCCCAGCCACGAAAGUAAAAGCCAAGUAGUUGGAAGUCUAGAUUGGAGCUCUUUUGGACUUGCCUUUGACCUAGGCACAAAGGCCUUGGGAGAACGAGGACGGCUUGCCGACUUGUACUUCCUCUACAACCCGAAAUAUUUCAGGGAGAGCUGUAAAGCGGUGCACAAGUUUGCCGACUACUAUGUCAACCUAGCGCUCACAAACGACACUUCUCCUACAGGCGCCGAACACAAAGACACUGGAAAAGAAUGGGAGAAAGACCGAUAUAUCUUCUUGAACGAACUCCUUAAACACACCCGAGACCCGAUCGAGCUCAGGAGCCAGCUGCUAAAUAUUCUACUCGCAGGGCGUGAUACAACGGCGGGACUUCUUGGAUUCACUUUCCUCCUACUGGCUCGACAUCCCGAUAUCUAUAAGAAACUUCGAGCGGUCAUCGUCAACGACUUUGGCUCGUACCAGAGACCGAAGAAUCUGACCUUUGAAAGCCUUAAGGCAUGCACGUAUCUCCACCAUAUCUUGUCCGAAACCCUCCGCUUAUGCCCCAUGGUCCCAUUCAACUCCCGCCAAGCGACUAAAGACACCACAAUUGCACGAGGUGGGGGUUCAGAUGGCAACUCACCCGUAUAUAUCAAAAAGGGCGAGGAGGUAAAUUAUUCCGUGCACAUCAUGCAUCAUCGAGCCGAUAUCUGGGGGCCCGACGUGGAGAAGUUCAAGCCAGACCGGUGGAUCGGCCGCAAACCUGGCUGGGAGUUCUUGCCCUUCAAUGGGGGACCGAGGAUCUGUCUGGGACAGCAAUUCGCACUGACCGAGGCGGCUUAUGUCGUUGUCCGCAUGCUCCAGCGGUACGAUCGUAUCCAGACCAAUGAGACGGACCCGAUUAUGAGAUACCAGUAUAGCUUGACUACCUCGCCUUUGAAAGUACCUGUACGGCUGCAUGAAGCUGUUGUGUAG